AUGUCGAUGAUACGCUCGUCAUUUGCUCGUUUCUCUCCCUUCGUCCUGGGAAAUCGGACGAGAUUAAUAUCCACUUCGAUCCGACUGUCCAAAACCAGCGAUCCAUUCCCCUUACCAUUCUCCUCCCCUGAUCUAGCCCAAGCUCAAAAUAGGUUAUCUGACGAUGCGGAAGAAUGGGCUAUGCCUUCUCCAUUGGAUCGAACGGGCGAAGAUGAACAGACUCUCCGAUCGAGGUUGAUUUACCAGACUCGAAAGAGGGGUACUUUAGAAACUGAUUUGAUAUUGAGUACGUUUGCAAAGGAGUUUUUGCCUACGAUGAAUGUCGAGGAGAUGAAGGAGUUUGACAAGCUCCUCGAUGAACCAGAUUGGGAUAUCUUCUAUUGGUCAGUACAGAAAAGAGAGCCUCCUCCAAGAUGGAAGGAUACUUCCUUGUUGAAGAAGCUUAUCCAACAUGCCAAGAACGAGGGUAAAGUGGUGAGAAUGAUGCCCGAGCUGAUGUAG